AUGGCGAGGGCUCUUGUGAUCAUAAACUGCAUCAUUCUCGCCAUAGGAAACUGUGGUGGUCCUCUGAUCAUGCGUCUCUACUUCAACAAUGGUGGCCACAGGAUUUGGUUCUCCACUUUUCUUGAAACCGCAGGCUUUCCAAUCAUAUUCAUUCCUCUCCUCUUCUCUUAUCUUAACCGGCGCAGAAGCAACAACAAUGAAGGAGAGAACACACGCUUCUUUCUCAUAAAGCCACGUCUCCUUAUCGCUGCGAUUCUCAUAGGGAUCCUCUCAGGGUUUGAUAACUACUUAUACGCAUAUGGCAUAGCUUAUCUCCCAGUUUCAACAGCUGCUCUCAUCAUUGCUUCACAGUUAGCUUUCAUAGCCAUCUUCUCAUAUUUCAUGGUUAGCCAUAAGUUCACUCCUUUUACCAUCAAUGCUGUUGUGUUGCUGACCGUUGGAGCUGCGGUGUUGGGAAUGCAUACCGACACUGAUAAGCCGGUUCAUGAGACUCACAAGCAGUACAUGACUGGGUUCUUGGUGACUGUAGCAGCCGCUGUUAUGUAUGCAUUUCUCUUGCCUUUGGUGGAGCUUGCUUACCAGAAAGCUAAGCAACCCAUGAGUUAUACACUUGUGCUUGAGGUUCAGUUGAUUUUGUGCUUCCUUGCUUGUUUAGUGAGCCUCAUUGGUAUGCUCAUUGCUGGUGAUUUCAAGGCCUUACCAAAAGAAGCAAGAGAGUUCAAGCUUGGAGAGGCAAUGUUCUAUGUGGUGGCUGUAAUUUCAGCUAUAAUAUGGCAAGGAUUCUUCUUAGGAGCCAUUGGAUUAAUCUUCUGUGCAUCAUCUCUUGUCUCUGGUAUUAUGAUAUCAGUUCUUUUGCCCAUCACAGAGGUUUUAGCUGUUAUUUUCUACCAUGAGAAGUUCCAACCAGAGAAGGGUCUUUCUCUUGCUCUGUCUCUUUGGGGUUUUGUCUCUUAUUUUUAUGGUGAGAUCAAAGCCGAUAAGGAUAAAAGAAUACAAGAGGAGGCACAAGUAAAUUCUUUGCCUAGAAGAACGUCCAGAAGCGAGUGUUGA